AUGGCAACAGAUCCACAACCAAUACAUAAUUCACUAAGACGUGGUAGUGUCCAGUCACACUAUAUUGGUUCAUUCGGGUUAUCAUUUUCAAAAUUUGCUGAGAUGGCUCGUAGUUUUACAUCAGAUAUUUAUUCGAGAACAGAAUCGCAACUUGAAAUUCAAGCUAUUAAAACAAUGGGAAAAGUUGCUUCAGUAGUAAAAGAUAUUAGUGUAUCAGAAAUGUUACCAAGGACAUCAGAUAUUAUAUUUAUAAAUGUUACAACAUUAGAAGAUCAACCAUUUUGUAUUGAGUUAACAGAAAAAGGAUGGCGAAUUUGUUCAUUAAGAUGUGACUGUAUGAUUGGUGAUUUUACAAAAUUAGAUUUAUUUGUAAAUUAUUAUUCAAGCUUUUUUGAUAUUCUUAAAAUUAUAAGUACAGAGUACAAUGAAAAGUAUGCUGAAACUAUAAAUGAUAAUACAUUUGAUGAGGUAAAUAAUGAAUGUCAUCAUGAAGGUAGUAGUUCUGACCAAAAUUGGUCUGAUAUCAAUUCAACACCAAAUUCUUCAAAUGAAUUUCUUAAUAAUAUUAUUAAUAUAAAUUAA